CACAUAUAAAUCCCAAAAUCCAUUUCUUUCAGAAAAACCUUGAAAUUCUUCAAUGGCUGCUUCUAUCACAAGCUCUUCUGCUUGCAACAGCAGAAUCAACCUCAACUCUUCAAGGGUGCUUCCCAUUCUCAGAGGAACACACCCAUCUUCCUAUUUUCCUUCAAACUUCUUAAAGUUUGCAUCUUUUCCUUCUUCCUUAGCUUCUAGAAACCCCUCUUCUGUCUCUUGCUCCCUCACCAGAGACCCUGCAUCUGUUCUUCCAUUGGAGGAACAUGGCAAGCUCGAGAAUGGGUCGGUUUUGCUUCAGCGACCCGAUUCGUUUGGCAGGUUUGGCAAGUUCGGUGGCAAGUAUGUCCCUGAAACUCUAAUGCAUGCACUCACUGAGCUUGAGGCUGCGUUCCAUUCCCUUACUGCUGAUGAAGAUUUUCAGAGAGAGUUGGCUGGGAUUCUAAAAGACUAUGUUGGUCGGGAGACUCCUCUUUAUUUUGCGGAAAGGUUGACGGAGCAUUACAAGAGGCCUAAUGGUGAAGGGCCUCACAUUUAUCUAAAGAGGGAAGAUCUUAAUCACACUGGUGCUCACAAAAUUAACAAUGCUGUUGCCCAAGCUUUGCUUGCGAAGAGUUUGGGCAAAAAACGCAUUAUUGCUGAAACUGGAGCUGGUCAGCAUGGAGUUGCCACUGCUACUGUGUGUGCUCGAUUUGGUUUAGAAUGCAUUAUUUACAUGGGUGCACAGGAUAUGGAAAGGCAGGCACUCAAUGUUUUCAGAAUGCGUCUUCUUGGUGCUGAGGUGAGACCAGUACAUUCUGGGACUGCUACACUCAAGGAUGCUACAUCAGAGGCUAUAAGGGACUGGGUGACUAAUGUCGAGACUACUCAUUAUAUUUUGGGUUCUGUUGCUGGGCCGCAUCCAUAUCCAAUGAUGGUAAGAGAGUUUCAUGCAGUAAUUGGCAAGGAAACCAGAAAGCAAGCUUUGGAAAAAUGGGGAGGGAAACCAGAUGUUCUGAUCGCAUGUGUCGGUGGAGGUUCAAAUGCCAUGGGACUUUUCCAUGAAUUUGUUGAUGACAAAGAUGUUAGGCUCAUUGGUGUGGAGGCUGCUGGAUUUGGCCUGGACAGUGGCAAGCAUGCUGCAACAUUAACAAAGGGAGAAGUUGGGGUUUUGCAUGGAGCUAUGAGCUAUCUGCUGCAGGAUGAUGAUGGACAAAUAGUUGAGCCUCACUCUAUAAGUGCAGGCUUGGACUACCCUGGUGUCGGACCUGAACAUAGCUUUUUGAAAGAUUUAGGGCGUGCUGAAUAUUAUAGCAUCACUGAUGAAGAAGCAUUGGAAGCUUUUAAGAGGGUUUCACGACUUGAAGGCAUAAUUCCAGCUUUGGAGACAUCUCAUGCGUUGGCGUAUCUAGAGAAAGUGUGCCCAACCUUUCCUAAUGGAACAAAGGUUGUGGUUAACUUCAGUGGCAGAGGUGAUAAGGAUGUUCAAACUGCUAUCAAGUACUUGAAGCUUUGAAGGGGUCAAGUCCCUUGAGUAGACCGUAGUUUAGCUGCUGAAUGGGCUUCAUUUUCAAUCUAAUGUUAAACCAAGUUCUAGUUAAAGAACCAUGUAUGUUUUUGCAUCCCGGAACUGUGAGUAUUCAUUUUGUAAUAAACUUCUGUUUUGAAUGGCACAAUAAAAAUAGUGAAAGCAAUAAA